AUUCCUCCGCCUCUGUCGGAGUGAAGCAUGCAGGGAAAAACACGCAGACCCCCCCCUCCUCCUCCUCUCUGCAGCGGCACACGGAGCUCGUGCAGCAGCAGGAGGACCAAUAAGCGCGGAGGAGGAGUCGCUGCAGAGUCGCUGCUCCUCUUCUCUUUGUGUCUGCGGCUCCUCCGGAGGACGCGGCAGGAGCAGCGGGCGGACAUGUCCUCCCCGCAGCUGUCCUCGUCCCGCAGACAGUCGUGUUACCUGUGCGACCUGCCCCGGAUGUCCUGGGCGAUGAUCUGGGACUUCAGCGAGCCGGUCUGCCGUGGCUGCGUCAACUACGAGGGCGCGGACCGCAUCGAGUUCGUCAUCGAGACCGCGCGACACCUGAAACGGGCCUCCGGGCUGCAGGAGUCCCGGGCUCCGCCGGGAGCCCCGCAGCAGCCCGCCGGAGCCAAGAGCCAGGCAGGGCCCCCGGCCGGGAAGGAGCCGCUGAACCCGCAAGACGCUCCGGGAAGGAUGGAGCGGUACUACGGAGGCGGCAGGCUGCCCAAUGGCUUCAGACCGGAGGACGGACCCCCCGACCUCAACCGGCAGAGCCCCAGCUCCCGGAGCAGAGCCCCGGGGGGCCCGGGGCCGCUACCGGGACCAAUGACCGUCCCGCCGAACCUGCUGCCGCAGACGCUGCUGAGCGGAGCCGCGCCUGGGGGGCGGCGGCCCGGCUCCGGCUCCGUGUCCGAGCAGGAUCGGGAGCUGAAGGAGAAGCAGCGGAACUCGGAGGCGCUGUCGGAGCUGAGCGACUCCCUGAGGAGCCGACAGGAGGAGUGGGCGGGAAGACCCAAGAGUGUGCGCGACACGCUGCUCGCGCUCACCUGCUGCACACCCUUCCACGUGCGUUUCAAGAAGGACCAUGCGCUCGUCGGCCGCGUGUUCGCCUUCGACGCGGUGUCCAAACCGGGACAGGAGCACGAGCUCAAGAUCUUCAUCGAGUACCCGCGCGGCUCCGGGACCGUGUUCUCCUCCGCCUCCGGGGCCGCCAAGCAGAUGUACCAGGACUGCAUGAAGGAGCUGGGCCGCGGGCUCUCCUCCGGCUUCAAGUACCUGGAGUACGAGAGGAGGCCCGGCUCCGGGGACUGGAGGCUCCUGGGGGACCUCCUGCCGGAACCACUGCGCUUCUUCCGUGAGGGGCUGGGGGGGGAGCUGCUGCCGCAGCCACACGCGGACGGAGGUUUUCCGCCGCUGCCCGCCUCCGUUCUGCUCCCGCGGGCCCCGGCCUCCUCCUGCGGGGGGCCCGGAGGCUCCCGGAGCGGCCUGAGGAAGAGGAGGGCCUCCCCGGAGCCGGAGGCCGCGGAGCCGAAGCUGCCAGAGGAGCAGCGGCCCUGGGGCCACAGCGAGGCCCUCAAACUCUCCUUCUCCGGGCCCCCGGGACUCCCCUCCGGCCGCGCCUCCUCCCCGGACUCCGCCGCGGCUCCUCACAGCGGACCGUCGCCCAUGGCCGCGCUCAUGUCGGUGGCGGACACGCUGGGGAACGCGCACUCCCCCAACAAGGACCGGGACUCGGUGCACUCCUCCUCCGGCACAUCCUCCUCCUCCUCCUCCAGACACGCCAGCAGCAGCCCGCUGUCUCCCGCCUCCAUGUCCGGCCAGAGGCGCCUCUCCUCCCGCAGCGGAGAGCUCGCCAUGUCCGCCGCGCCGCAGGAGCAGGUGCACGCGCAGAGCGUGCCCGACUCCCCGGUGGCCCCCAGCGGGCCCCUGUGCUGCACCAUCUGCCACGAGCGGCUGGAGGACACGCACUUCGUCCAGUGUCCCUCCGUCCCCAACCACAAGUUCUGCUUCCCCUGCUCCCGCGAGAGCAUUAAGGCGCAGGGCUCCUCCUCCUGCUCCUCCUCCUCCUCGUCCGGGGAGGUGUACUGUCCCAGCGGGGACAAGUGUCCCCUACUGGGAUCCAACGUCCCCUGGGCCUUCAUGCAAGGGGAGAUCGCCACCAUCCUGGCAGGAGACGUCAAGGUAAAGAAGGAGAGAGACCCCUGAGGAGGAGCAGGAGGAGGACACUGAGUGAACUCCUCCUCACUACUGAAGAGCUUCAUGUCUAACAGUCAGGACUCCUCCUCAGCACCUCCUCCUCAGCUCCUCCUCCUCAGCACCUCCUCCUCAGCUCCUGUCAGUGGAGAGCAGAUCACAGCCUGUUGAUCGAUCACAUCGAUCAGCUCUGAUCAAUCAGGACUGCAGACUCAGGUACAGGUGAGGGGAGGAGGGGAGGAGCAGGAAGGGUUCAGUAACUCCUCCGUUUUAACCCUUUAGAACCUGAAGGUGGUUUCUGCAGAAAGCAGGAGAAAAAGCAGCUGAGCGGAGAGGAGCGAUUAUUCCGUUUGAUACCAAAAUAACAAACAAAA